CGGACACCGUGUUUCUGGAAUGAAGGUGGCAGCGGCUCCGGCGGCAAAUUUAGUGGAAAGGUUGCCGCCAUGGAUGACCAGGGUUGCCCCCGGUGCAAGACCACCAAAUACAGGAACCCUUCCCUCAAGUUGAUGGUCAACGUUUGCGGACACACACUUUGUGAAAGCUGCGUGGAGCUGCUGUUUGUUCGGGGAUCUGGGAAUUGCCAAGAGUGUGAUACCCCUUUGCGGAAGAGCAACUUCAGAGUACAACUCUUUGAGGAUCCAGCUGUUGACAAGGAGGUGGAAAUCCGUAAGAAGGUGCUGAAAAUAUACAAUAAAAGAGAGGAUGACUUCCCCAACUUAGCAGAAUACAAUGAUUUCUUGGAAGAAGUGGAAGAAAUUGUGUUCAACCUCACCAAUAAUGUGGAUGUAGAAGGCACAAGAAAGAAAAUGGAAAUAUACCAGAAAGAAAACAAAGAAGUUAUUCAUAAAAAUAAGAUCAAAUUGUCUCGAGAACAAGAGGAGCUGGAAGAGGCACUGGAGGUUGAACGGCAGGAGAAUGAACAGAGGCGGCUUCUUAUACAAAAGGAGGAACAAAUGCAACAGAUGUUGAAGAGGAAGAAUAAACAGGAACUUCUGGAUAAGUUGGAAAGUUCUCAUCUGCCAGCUUCUUUGUUAUUAGCCCAGCAUAAAGAUCGGUCUACGCAGCUAGAAAUGCAACUGGAGAUUCCCAAACCUAUCAAACCAGUGGCAUUUUCAACAGGCAUCAAAAUGGGUCAGCAUAUUUCCUUAAUGCCUGUUCAAAAGAUUGAAGAAGUACUCUAUGACUAUAAGCCACUGCAUGUAGAGACAUAUGGACCAUUGGUUCCAGAGGUGGAUUUGCUGGGAAAAUUAGGGUAUCUAAACCAUGUCCGAGCUGCUUCCCCACAGGAUCUUGCUGGUGGCUACACUUCCUCUCUUGCCUGUCAUCGAGCCCUUCAAGAAGCCUUCAGUGGGCUGUUUUGGCAUCCUGGCUAACUGGGGGGUAACAGACACCAAAGCCGAGCAAGCAAAACUCAGGUGAAAAUUGUUGCCGUUUGCACUAUGGUGAAACUGCAGUCAUCUAUCUUU